AUGAAUCAAGAAAAAGAUGCAGAUGAUUUUAGAAUAAUUUAUAAUGAAUUAAUCGAAGAACGAGAUAAAUUACAAAAUGAGAUUAAUUUUUUACGACGAGAUCUUGAUAAUAGCACAUUAAAACAAAAUGGAUUCGAUAGACAAAUUCAUGAAAAAAACGAACAAAUUCAAAGUUUACAUGAAAAAUUAACUCAAGCAAAACAGGAAAAUAUUAAAGAAGCAAAAAAACGAGAACAAAUUCAACUUGAACUUAAAACCAAUCAAGAAAAUUUCGAAUAUAAAAAUACAGAAUUAAAAGCUCAAAUCGUUCUAUGUAAAACUCAACAACAAGAAAUACAAAAAUCGCACGAACAAGUAAGAAAAUUAAAAGAAGAUAAUGUUCGUUUAACAAAAGAUAAUCAAAUUCUUCAAAUACAUUUUGAUGAAAUUCAAUCACAAUUAAAAGAAGUUAUUACAACACAUCAGAAAAAUAUUGAUGAUCGUGAAUAUUAUCGAAAUGAAUCAAAAAAAAAAGAUGAUGAACUUAUUCAAUUACGUAAAGAAUAUGAAAAAGAACAAAAGAAAACAAAUGAUCUUGAAAAAAAUUUACGUUUAGUUAAAAAUCAAAUAAAUGAAAAUGAUCAAGAACAUAAACAUUUACAUUCAACAAUAUUAUUAUUACAACAAGAUAUAGAUCAAUUUAAAAAACGUCAAAAUCAAUAUCAAAAACAAAUUGAUACAUUAACACGUGAACGUGAACAAUUGAAUAAAACACAUCAAAUAAUAAUUGCGAAUAAUCAAAAACAAAUCGAACAAAUGCAAAAUGUUGAUCAAUCAAGAAGAAGUUUAGAACAAGAUAUUAUACAUUAUCAAGAAGAAGCAAAUAAACAAAGAAAUAUUAUUCUUAAAUUAGAAAAAGAACGAGAUCGAUAUAUAAAUGAAGCUACUCAAUCUGCCAGUCAAAUUCUUGAAUUAAUGGGAGAUGUUAAAAAGAGAGAACUUGAAAUAUUUAAUCAAAAUAAAACAAUUUCAGAAUUAGAAGCACAUGCAAAACAACAACAAAGUUUAUAUGAAACAGCUCGAACUGAUCGUAAUUUUUAUUCAAAAAAUUUAAAUGAAUCUAAAGAUGAAAUUGAUGAAAUACAACGUAAAUCAAAAAUAAUCAGCCAUCAAAUUGAUCAAUUCAAACAAGAAGUACAAAUAAAAGAACAAAAUUUCGUUAAUUUACAAAUCGAAUAUAAUAAAAUAAAAAAAGAUAAAGAAGAUUUAAUAUUAAAUAUUGAACAAUUAAAACAAGAAAUUAUUCGAAAAGAACAAAUGCAUACAAAUCAACAAAUACAAUAUAAAACUUUAGAUAAAGAAUUAUCAAAAACAAAUAAUAAAACAAAUAGACAAACAAAACAAUUACAACAAAUAAUCAGUGAACGUAAUAUUGUCGGUUCACAACUUAUUCGUCGAAAUGAUGAACUUGCACUUCUAUAUGAAAAAGUUAAAAUUCAAAAUUCAGUAUUAUAUAAAGGCGAAAUUCAAUAUAAAGCUCGUCUUGAAGAUAUACGUAUAUUAAAAUUAGAAUUAAAAAAAUUACAUCAUGAAAAAUAUCUAUUACAAAAUCAAAUACCAAAUAUAAAUGAACUUAAACAGGAAUUAUUUCAUAGUCAACGUGAUUUAACACGCGAACGUAUACGUUGUCGAGCAUUAGAAGAUGAAUUAGAAAAUCCAAUGAAUAUACAUCGAUGGAGAAAAUUAGAAAUAACUGAUCCAUCAACAUUUGAAUUAAUACAAAAAAUUCAAUUCCUACAAAAAUCUUUAAUACAAAAAACAGAAGAAGUUCAACAAAAAGAAUUAUUAAUACAAGAAAAAGAAAAAUUAUAUGAUGAACUUAAACGUAUUUUAGCUCGUCAACCUGGUCCAGAAUUAGUCAAACAAUUAUCGAUUUUUCAAGAAACACUUAAAGUUAAAACAACACAUAUAAAAUGUUUAAUUAGUGAAAUGAAUAUGUAUAAAACUGAAAUAGAUAAUUAUAAAUAUGCAACUGAUAAGCUUAAUCAAGAAUUAAAUGAAGUACGACAGAAAUAUUUUCAACAAAAGAAAAAAGAAUCACAAACUAAAGAAAAAGAACGUCUUGCUCAAACAGAACAAGCAGCAUUACCUGAUCUUGUACAACAAAAUCGAUCAAAUGGUCAAGUUCGAUUUGCUGGUGGAGGUUUCAAACUUCAAUCUACGCCAAAAUCUUCUAUUGUUAAUAUUUAA